AUGCCCGUCUCGUUCUCGUACGAGAACUUUCCAAACCUCUGGGACACGAUUAUCGAGUCCGCGGAUCACAACACGCAGCUCGCCAUCCGGGCGCUGAGCAAGGCGCAUCGGCUUGUGAUUGACCGGCUGCAGGCGGAACACCUCAUAGUCUCGACCGAAGGCCAUGAGCACACUGUCGCGACGAGCCCGCAUCACCACCUCCCGCAUUUCCGCGAGGAGGCUCACAUAUUCGAUGAGCAGCGUUUCUGGGCCAACGACAUGACGCGGGACCUGACGGCGCGCACGCGUGUGCUCGACAUCCAAGGCUACAGUCCGCCUGUCUACGAUCCGGACCUGCUCUUGUUCAUGCGCUUCCCAGCUCUUGAAGUGCUCCGCAUGACGAACUCGAUCGACGACCACACACCGGUCAAGCACUUCCACCCCUGGAUCCCGCCAGGCGAGUUCUAUCCUGCCCAGACGCUCGUACUGUUCUCAAAUGAAGCAGGAAUGGACGGCCUGAUGGAACACUGGCGGUUCGAAGGGGCCGAAGACGACGAGGACGAGGAUGAGGACGAGGAUUGGGGUGCGCCGUCCAAACGCAUGUUCCCCGAGAGAUUCUUCAUGGGACCCAUGUAUCUCCCUCCCACCGUCACCAAGCUCGUCAUCAACAUGUGCGGUGAGGACAUCCAAGUCGAGGAGAUGUGGCCUUUCAUGACAGAGAUCCUCCCCGCCCAUGUCAGGGAGAUUGUUGUCGUGGGACCUCGGUACCAGUCGCUCGACGGCCCGGGGCUCGUUGGCGAUUUGACGCUUGGACUCGUCCACGAUCUCGUCCAGGUGGCGUUCAAUCCGAGGGUAGAGAGGGUCACUUUCGUCGGGUUCGAAUACUUGGAACCCGCGUUCCGGAACGCGUUCGAAGCCAUGCUUCGCCGAGCCAUCCAGGAGGCGAUCUACGAAGACGUCGACUACGCGAUCGAUGACGCAGCCACGCUUGCUUUGUCCUCGGAGGAAAGGGAGCUGUUUAUCAGGCGAUCGAAGAAGAGCCGUGAGCAGCGUAACGGCCCAAAUGCUGACGGAAACGAUGAUGAAGGUUACGAUGAGGGCGAGCGCGACGAGACCGACAGUGAGGGGAGAGACGGCGCUGUGGGCGGAAAGGACGUUGAGGACGAACCGGAGCCUGAGGAAGAAGGUAGCGCGGUCCAGAGCGGUGGAAAGGAGGAUGGCGCGGCCGAGGCGGGAUCUCCCCUGCUCAGCUAUCAACAGAAGAUCGACCAACUCCUGGCGAGCUACGAGUUUGUCACGAAGCAAACGUACAUCGACAGAGUAGGGGAGGAGACGGCCAAGCUCGACCUUCUCGAGUACCUUGACCGGAGAGACUACAACUACAGAAGGGGUAAACACUGGAGGCACAAGUACUGA